AUGUUCAUCCUGGCAGACAUGCUGGGGUUGGAGGUUUCCCACGUCUGGCUCUCCAUCUUCACUUGCAUUUACAUUGCAUCACUUGCGGGGAACUGCACAAUCCUCUUUGCCAUCGGGACCGAUCCCAGCCCCCACGAGCCCAUGUACCAAUUCCUGUCCAUGGUGGCCAUCACCCAUUUGGUUUCGUCUCUCUCUACAAUGCCAACUGUGAUGAGUGUUUUCUGGGUCAACUACAGGGAAAACAGUUUCAGAGAAUGUUUUGCUCUGCUUUACUUUGCUUUCUCCUUCAUGGAGUCCUCAAUGCUUCUGGCCGUGGCCUUCUUUGAUCAUUAUGCAACCAUCUGCUACCUGCUGAGAUACUCCUCCAUCCUCAGCAGUGCCAGGAUAGGCAGGAUUGGGCUGGCUGCUCUGCGCAGAUACCUCUUAGGAGGCCUGCCAUCACUCUUCUUGGUGAGAAGGUUGCCCUUCUGCCAGUCCCAUGUGCUCUCCCACGCCUUCUGCCUGCAUCAGGACUUGAUCAAGCUGGUUUGUGCAGACAUCGUGUUCAACAGCAUGUACAGGUUAGCUGUUGUCAUCCUUAUAGUGUUACUAAACACAUUGCUCACUGUUUUGUCAUAUAUUAUGAUUUGUAAGACAAUUGUGAGCAUCACAUCCCAGAGGGAGCAUCUCAAGGCUUUGAGCAACUGCCUGUGCCAUAUCCUGGCAGUCCUGAUCCUG